CAGUUAUUAAAAGGGUUUUAUAUGAAAGAUAAUCUCCUUUUGAUCCCAGCUGGCUGGAGCUUAAUGAUGUGCAAGAACUGUCACCUAGUGGUUAAAAACAUGAGUCAUAACAAGUGAAUGACAAGUGAAUUCAUACUUGUCAAAGAUCAGUAACAGUAUUUGUAACACACUUAUAAUAACGCUCACAGAGUUCACUCUAACACAGAAACUUAAGUAGCGGAUACUAAUUACCAACCAGGGGUUUUAAGAAAAAAUGCAUCAACCACGCCCAAAAGGGAACAUUGUAGACACCACUAGGGGGCAGUACAGUCCUAAAAACAUAAACUAAAAACCAACUGUGUCCAUUCAUAAACUGGUUCACUGAUAGGGUGACAAGCGGUCCUCGUGGAUAAUAAACCGUAACUUAAGCUGAAAGAUACAUGUGUGACAUUAUCACCAGAGGAACCGAGAGACCCGUCUUACUUUCAAAUUUUAGGGAGCAUGAGUCUCACCCCAUGAUUGUUAUCAGAUCCACAGAUUGUGAUUGUUCUGGACGCAUCUUAAGCUCCAGUGGCGCAAUCGGUUAGCGCGCGGUACUUAUACAGCAGUACAAAGCAGAGCAAUGCCGAGGUUGUGAGUUCGAGCCUCACCUGGAGCAGUUUUAAGGCCUUUCUGCAUCAAGGCUUGAUGACAUCAUGUCCAGAUAUUACUCCCCUCCUUUCCAGACACUCUCCUUCCUCCCUCUUUUCCUCUUCACCCUCUUCCCUCUCUCCCUUCUUUCUCCUCUUCUUUCUCAAUCUCCUCUCAGCUGGACCUCUCCUCAUGACCCCUGCUACCACCUGGAUGGACGUCCACGCCACUGUCUAUCUGAAUUUAUCAAUACGGCCUAUGGAGUGCCUGUGACGAUGGAGGACCUCCAGCAAGGACCCAAGACAAACAUCAGCACUUUAACAGACCUUCAUAACCCUCACAAUCUGACAUGCUGGAUGGCUGCCGAAGGCUCAGGCGGCGGGGACUGGACUUUAACAGUUCCCCUAGGCAGACGCUUUGAAAUCACUUACAUUAGUCUUCAGUUCUGUCAACAGAUGGAGUCUGUAGAAUCAUACUCCAUCUCCAUCUUGAAGUCAAUGGACUUUGGCCGGAGCUGGCGCCCCCUACAGUUUUAUUCAAGCAACUGCAUGGGCACAUUCGGUCUUCCUGCGCAGUCCAUGGCUCUGACAAAGCACCAGGAGACAGAGCCGCUGUGUUCAGAUCCCAGACCACUGCAGAAGCAUCGUGGAAAUGUCAUGCUGGCCUUCUCGACUUUGGAUGGACGUCCUUCCUCCCCAGAUUUUGACUACAGUCCAGGGCUGCAAGAUUGGGUGACUGCAACAGACAUAAAGAUAGUGUUUAAUCAAUCACUGGAUAAAAUGAAAAAGCAAGAAGACAAACUAAAUGAAGUGGGAGGCACAUUUAGAUGGAGGGAAAGGGGAGACAAAGCUCUGAGGUUUGGCGAGAAAAACAGUCAAGAAAAACAGACUUCAACAAAAAGAACUAGAAACAAAAGCACUGUGCACCAAAGUGGCCUCAAUGUUACUCGAAAGGACAUGGGAUCUCGAGGUAGAGUGGGAAGGGGCCGAAAGAAAGACAGUUACAAGCCAUGUCAGGACGGCACAUGUGAUUGGUCCCUAAAUAUCCCGCAGCAGGGCUCCAAAGGGCGAGAGUUGAGGAGAAGAAGAAACAAUGCAGGGAGGGUGAAGUCCCAUUCUAAAUCGAGAAAAAACGCCUCACGCAACGUUGUUCCAUCAUCUCUUUACACCCCUCUGAAAGCCUCGCUCGCCCUUUCCGACCUGCAGGUCGGCGGCAGGUGCAAGUGCAAUGGCCACGCCUCUCGCUGUCGUCGUGACAACCAGGGGCGUGCCGUGUGUCAGUGUGAGCAUCACACAUCCGGGCCGGACUGUGACGUGUGUGAGCAAUUUUUCUAUGAUCGACCGUGGCAACGGGCCACACCCAGCCAACCACACCCGUGCGUCCCGUGUGAAUGUAAUGGUCACUCUACUAAGUGUAGGUUCAGUAUGGCCGUGUAUCAGCAGUCCGGUCGAGUCAGUGGAGGCAUUUGUUUGAAGUGCCGGCACCACACAACGGGACGCCACUGCCAGUUCUGCCAGAACGGAUAUACGCGAGACCACAGCAAACCGCUCAGCCACCGCAAGACCUGCCAGCCGUGCCAGUGCCAUCCCAUGGGUGCAGUGGGACGAUGGUGUAACCAGUCCACAGGGCAGUGUUUGUGUAGAGAAGGAGUCACAGGACAGAGGUGUAACCGUUGUGCCCCUGGGUACAAGCAAGGGCAUUCCCCCCUCCGGCCAUGCAUCCGUAUUCAGGAGGUUGCACCACCCACCCCAGUUUUCCAGCCUCAGUACAGCAUUGGUGAGGAAUGUCUGUCUUACUGUCCACCUUCCCAAGCAAGAGUCAAAAUGAAUUUAGAGACAUAUUGUCUCAAGGACUAUGUGCUGAAGGUGCAGGUCAAAAGUAAGGAACGUUCCGGUCCCUGGUGGCAGUUUUCCAUAUUGGUGCAGUCAGUUUUUCGUAUGGGCUCUUCGCACGUAAAGCGAGGCAUUCAGGCCCUCUGGGUUCCAGAUCGGGAUCUGAGCUGUGGUUGCCCUGCGCUUCAGAUGGGCCGGACAUUCCUCCUGAUUGGAGCGGAGGAAAGCAGCCGGAGUUGGGUCCCUGAGGAGAGGCGAUUAGUCGCAGACCGCACCACAAUGGCUUUGCAGUGGAGGGAACACUGGAGCCCCAAAUUACGAGGCUUCCGCGGGCAGGACACCCGGGGAAAGUGCCCACGGGGAAAUAUCACUAUGCAGAAACACUCUCACCCAAACUUGUACGAAGAAUACACCCCCCCACAUCUUAAACUGCAGUCUGAGCCACACAGACCACAUAAACAUACACACACAGCGCAUAAGCAGCAUCAUUUAACCACACACUCUGGAGGAUCAGACCUCACGCACACACACAAUAGAGGAGCAACUCAGGGCGUACAUGGAAAAGACACAGAAAUGCACCUUGAGGAGGACCAUAAGGCUGAAAACAUCACUCAGGAAACACAGCAUGUGUUGCAGCACACCCAGGAUCCUCUCUCAGGUACUUCAAAGACGGGUCGAGCCAAUGAGCAUGAGCAGAACCACCCAACAGCGUGUCCAACACGCUCACCUGGGCCACCUGUCUGACAAAAUCAAAUUAAAGCAGCAAUACUAAAGGAAUUUGAUGGCGUAGUUUACCAAGAAAUAAACAUUUGCUAAAAAAAAUGCAUGAGUUUGUUUCUGUAUUAGGACAUAUUUGGAGAAAUUUAGCAUUGCUAUCACUUGCUCACCAAUGGGUCCGCUGCAGCGAAUGGGUGCCGUCAUAAUGAGAGUCCAAACAGCUGAUAAAAACAUCUGAAUAACCCAUAUAUAAACCACACAAAUCUAGUCCCUCAAUUAAUGUCCUGUGAAGUGUAAACCUGCAUGUUUGUAACAAACAAAUUCAUCAUUGAGAUGUUUAUAACCAUUGCUUCCGGCUAAAAUAAAGCCAUCAUAUUCCUUUUACAAUGAAAGAGUCGUCUCGUCUGAACUAGGAGAGAAAUAUAGACUCGAGGAAGUAUUAUUAUGGAUUAUGGACUUUGAUUUUGGUCAUUAAUAGAUUAUGGACUCAUAUUUGGCUACAACACCUUAAUAAUGGAUUUCUAACUAACACGUAUCUUUUUACUUCACAAGAUGUUAAAUUAUCAACUUGUGGAUUAUUGAGGUGAUUUUAUCAGCUGUUUGGACCCUCAUUCUGACGGCACCCAUUCACUACAGAGGAUCCACAGGUGAGCAGGAGAUGUAAUGCUGAAUUAUUCCAAACUGUCCUGAUGAAGAAACAAACUCAUCUACAUAUUGGAUGGCCUGAGGGUCAAUACAUUUUUAACAAAUUUUCCUUUUAAAUUCCUUUAAGAAAUGCCUACAGUGGGCUUAAGAAAUGUCAAGAUGUUUCCUAUACAGAGCCACUCAAUCCACUGAAUAUUCACACACUUUGCUGUGAGGAUACAAGUAUUUUGUAUUUUGUGCUAUAUAUUCAUCACCAGAUUACAGAGCCAUUUGUAUUAUUAUUAUUAUUGAAACAUGCAGGUAUUUUUCAUGUCACGUGCUCUGAGUUUUUUUUUUUUUUUUUUUUUUGCACCAUCCCUCCAGGAAGAGAUGAGUCAAAUCCAAAUAUUAAAAGACUCAAAAUCAUCCGAUUUUACUCAACAUGAAUGUCCUCCUGUCCAGUCCACAGUAUUUAGUCUCACAGUCAGACAUGUAAGACUUAUUGCUGGAUUGUAAAAGGCACAUUGUUUUCAGAUCAGCAGCUGACAAGUCUUAUCCAUUCUGGUCUCCAUCACUGACAGACAUGUUAAGUGUGGCUAAAGAUUCUGUGACCACAGUAAAUCAGUAAGUAAUCAUUUGUCUUUAUUGUAUAUAUAUAUUCAUGAAUUACAGUGAAUUCAGACUGUAUACAACAUAUCUUUAAUAUGGUGCCUUUUUAAGUCUUAUUGCUUGUGAAUAUUUUAAGCUAUCAUAUAAUAUGUAAAUGUUAUAAAUAUUUGCGUAUCAAAAUGUGACAAAACUUUUUUUUUUUCUGUUUAACUUAACGCUCUACCUCAUAAUAAAUAGUUAACAAGCCUGGUAAAGUCGUUCAUCCAGUUAAUGCAUUUAAUAAAUGUUUCCAUUGCAAAGAAUAAAAUGUAAAAAUAAAUCAGUGAUAAAAAAGUGCACGAAAAGCAGAAGCAAAUUCAUACAAAUGUGAUUCAUUGACAGAAAAAAAAAGUCCUAAUGAAGGAAAGUUCACGCACGUGAGACUGAAAGGGGAAAGACAAAUGGAGAGAGAGCGUAAAGCGAGACGGCCAAUGAUGCACCUGCUUUGUUUGCACAGGAAACACCUGUUCCCAGACUUCCUGCCUGGAUGACUGACGACAGUUAAUUUAGUGCGAAAAAUCUCCCACAGCUUGAAGAGCCAAACUGCCCCACGCUUGCCUUGUUUUGAGAACAAUAUCUCAGGAAGUCUUACUCGCUAACUCUCGUGCCCUACUGUCCACAUGCCCUCUAUUUUGUCUAGCAGCCAAGUACGUGUAUCAGAUAACACACUCCUAACACUAACAGAAGCCCUUUGGACACACAGUUGUGAGAUGUCUAAAUACAUCUAAAUACAUGGAAUGUGUGACAUUUGAGUCACAUUAAAAAUAUUCCAAACUCACCUGUAGCCUACAUUUAAUCAUGAAGUUCUGGGUUCAGUAUAAGUUUAAUAAUCGAUACCACUUCAUCUCAUUUCUCCUUUUCUUAAGGUGAGACACUGCAGGCAAAAACACUGUUUUUUCAAGCACCUGUCAAUUUUGAGAUUUUGGUCUUUUUGUUUUUCAUAAAGUGCUUU